UAAGAGAGAGCACUUCAAAGUUUAGCUUCAAGCGAGAUAUUCGAGCUGAUCAUGAAUGAAAUGGUUUUGUUUUCAGAUCAUCUUCUAUGAGGACAAGAACUUCCAGGGUCGCUCCUAUGAGACCAGCAGCGACUGCGCAGAGCUCACCUCCUACCUGAGUCGCUGCACCUCCUGCAGGGUGGAAAGCGGCUGCUUCAUGGUCUACGAGCGACCGAACUUCAUGGGCCACCAGAUGUUGGUGAGACGAGGAGAGUACCCUGACAACCAGCGGCUCAUGGGAAUGAGUAUGAGUGACUGCAUUCGAUCCUGCCGGAUGAUCCCCAUGUACAGGGGUCAGUUCAGGAUGAGGAUCUAUGAGAGGGAGAACUUCGGAGGUCAGAUGAACGAGCUGAGUGACGACUGCAACUCCAUCCAGGAGCAUUUUCGCAUGUCCGACUGCCAGUCUGCUCACGUGAUGGACGGCCACUGGCUGAUGCACGAGCAGCCCCACUACAGAGGCAGGAUGAUGUACAUGAGGCCCGGAGAGUACAGGAGCUUCAAGGACAUGGGGGUGGGCUCCAUUGACAUGAGGAUAGGUUCCAUCAGACGUAUCAUGGAGUCAUGUUGAAACUGAGCUCAUUUUAAUAAAAAAGUGACA